CACCUGCCAUCUGCGCAUGACCAUUCCACCUUCUUUCCCUCCCUCGGAGCCCCCUUGAUUUUUUCCACCUUGACCGAUUCUUCCAAUAGGGCAGAGAAAAGAGGGUGGAGUUCCCGGCAUGCAAUGUGCGCUGUUGCCCGGCCGGUGGCUAAGAUGGCGACUCCCAUGCAUCGCCUUAUCGCCCGGAGACAAGCGGAAGCAAACAAGCAACAUGUGAGAUGUCAGAAGUGUUUAGAAUUUGGGCACUGGACCUAUGAAUGUACAGGGAAAAGAAAAUACCUUCACAGACCUUCAAGGACAACAGAAUUAAAAAAAGCACUGAAAGAAAAAGAGAAACAACUAUUACAACAAAACUCUGGAGAAAACACUACCGACAGGAAGAGCAAGAAGAAAAGAUCUAAAAGCGUGACAAGUUCCAGCACUAGCAGCAGCAGCAUCAGUUCUGCCAGCGAGUCAUCUUCUGAGAGUGAAGAUUCUUCAUCCUCCUCUUCUGAUGACAGUGACAGCGAUGAAAGCACUUCCACUUCCUCUUCCUCCCCUUCUUCAAGUAGUUCUUCCAGCUCUUCUGACUUUGAAACAGAUUCCAGUUCCUCCAGUAGCAGCAGCAGUACCAGCACAGAUAGCAGCACAGAUGAUGAGCCACCAAAGAAAAAGAAGAAGACAUAGUUUGAUGCAGGGUCAGAACUCUAAUGUUGGCAUUUAAAAAAUUAAAUGGCAUUUAAAAUUGCAUUUAUGGCCAAACAAAACAAACAGGUCAGUUUUUACAAUUUGGGGGGAAAAGUGUAAGUGUUUUACAGAGUAGUUGCUAGGGUAUUAAAAAGCUGUUAAAUGGCAAGCAAUGAUUUUUGAAAGAGUAUUUUUGUGGGUUAUUGUUUAAUAGGAAAGGCUACUUUAUUUAAUUUUUAAAGAAAUCUAUCAGAUGUUUAUAUGAACUAAGGUCCAGUCGCCCUGAUGUUUACAUGCUAGAAAGCAACCUUAUUUCUUUGAACCAUCCUGCGUUGUGUCAUAGAGCAACCUUUAUGUUGCAAGCAAGAUGGAAGGAGGGUGAAUAUGAAGUUUUCUUUCAGUUGGCUGAGAAUAUAGCAAAGCCAUGUUAAAAUCUCCACUAAGAGUUAAAGAGGAAAUGUUGAUAUUGCAUCAAAUAUAGAUAAAUUUACUUUUUUUUUUUUCCAAAUGGCUUUUCUGUCAGUGCUGAUCUGUUGGUUUAUAUGUUUGUGUUUAUACAUUCUCCCAGAUCUUGUUCUGCAUAAUGGAAACAGGCUUCUGUGCACAGAUUGCUGUUCUGGAUGUGUUCCCAUGUAUGCUAAAGGUUGCUUUGCAGAGAACAUAGCACAGUAGUGGGCUGCACACACGUUACUGCACUUGGUCUCUCCCAGCAAAUGGAUGACGACUGUUAUUAGUUUUGAAAGUUCAAAUCGCCUUUUGGGCUUGGGGAGGCUGAUUCCGGAUACCCAUUUCUCCUUUAUGAGUGAACAGUACUGUUAGUACUACCAAUGUCCACCUGUUCAUCAGUGGAGAUGGUUACAUGCAGCUACAUAUUUAAGUCAGUGCUAUGCACCAGAAUCUCUGGACCAGGGCCAAAUGCUUUAAUCUUUUUAAUAGGACCUGUGUUUAGAGCUGCUUCUACUGAAACUUUUUUGAGACAAAGGUCAUCCCUAUAAAGCAUUACUUGCACAGUGCAUAGAGUACUAUUACCAUUGCCACAGAAGUGUAUCAUCUUUGUGCCUUUUUCAUAAAUACGUACUAAUAAGGACAAUGGAAAUUUUCAUUCUACCUUCCGCAUGGUAAUUUGGGAGCCUGGAGAAAUGGUAAUAACAUAUGUGCCCUAUUUUCAGUGAGGAAGAAAAGUACUUUAAUUUGGGGCUGGGUAAAAGAACCUGUCUUUUGCUUCUUGUGCUAUGUUUGGAAAAUUAUUAAUUGUAAAAUAAACUCAAUUAUAUUGGUUGCAUAAUUUCCACUGCAUUUUUAAGUUACAAUUGCUUGUUUAGAUCUAUUCUUUGCAUAGCACAAAUUUUAUAUAUGAAAAUCUAAUAUGGAGGACACUUAUUUGCAAAGAUCAUAUUACAGUACAUUUCUUGCUAGUUGACCGAAGUGAACUAACUUGCUGUUGUGAUGAAUAUUAACAACUGGCAGUAGUCACUUAAUUUGUGAUACUGUCUCCUUUUAGUUUCUUAUUGAUGGGAGUCUUUUUAAGAGGGAUGUGGGGGGAAUCUUAAAUAUCCUAGUCUAGUUAAAAUAUGAAUUAACUAUUAAACUAUUUUUUAUAUUUUUAUGAAAAUGUAGUGUGUAGACUGAAUUUUGAAUACAAACGUUCUAUUUAAAUGUUUAUGUAAGUUGUGCAUUUUAGUCUGUAACCAUUUCUAUGUUUUGCAGAAUUCAGAUACUGUAAUUCUAACAGUACCAGAAAAUUAUUUGGGAGAGUCAUGCUAGAGAAUGUAUCAUUUAAGAGGAAAGAUUAAUAAAUUAUUAAAGCAGAUUAA